AUUCUGCUAUGUGGAAUAAAAACGAAUUGGAAGAAACAAUAACGCCUGAGGUUAUCUCCAGUUAUAUUCCAGACUUUUCGGAUAUGAGUGAUGAAAAUUCUGAAUUUUGGGAUUUCUUAAAGACAAAAGAGAACAUCAAGGGUAAUCCACGAGAAAAAAACAGUUCUUUUGAAAAAACUCACAAAUUAAGUGAUUUUCUUAUUUAUCCUAGUAAAACGCAAUCAGAGGUAAUUCUUCAGGAAAGCACAAACGAUUUAUAUUUAAAUGAUUCAGGUAUUUCUCUGAACGACGAAAGAAAAAAAUUAUCUACUAUUUCUGAAAAUGAAUUCUGCCUUGAAGCAUGUGGGAAAUCCGAAAGUUUCGAAGUUAGUAAUGAUAAAACAAAGUUGAAAAGGUUUGAGGAAACUGAUGAUGAAUUUUGGGAAUUCCUGGGAUCUUCUACUAAAACUUGUACAGAAUAUGAACUUCCACAUACUAGAAAGAAGAAAAGUAACAUAUCGAAAAACAGCCAGGAUUAUGAGGAUCAAUUUUGGGAUUUUUUAAAAAUUGGUUCACCUGAAACUGAAGAUGUAAUUUCAUUUAAAGAAUUCUUAGCAAGGAAUAAUACGCAUAGUAAAAAUGUAAUUGAUAUUAAUGUUUCUCCUUCUCAGAGCUCAGUCGAAAAUGAUUUAAAUUUAAAAAUUCAAUCAUCUUAUUCCGAUAGCGGCAGGGCCAAUAGCUUGAGUGAUUUAACUAUGUUGAGCAUAGAUACAGGAAGCAUAUCAUCGGAAAGUAUGAAAAUUCCUGACUCGAACAAGGAAAGUCUCUACGAUUCAGGUAUUAAACUAAGAGAGUUAUCUGAACAUCAUUUUAACAAAAAUUCUACAGAGGAAGAAAUUUUCAGUGUGCAAGCAAAAGCAGUGGCGAGUGUGGAGAAUAACACUUCAUUGACAUCAAAGGCAAUUAUUUCAUAUCCUGAAAUGCAUGAUGUGUGGAGAGAAGAAAGAGGAAAAAAACACAGUUUAGAGCAGGACUUGCGUAAUAUUUUACCAGCUACUAAAAUUUCACGAGAUGUUGCAUCUGAAGUUCAAACAAUAAAGACCACUUCGAGCUUUGACAGAUCAGAUUUCGUGGAAAAGAUGAAGUUGUCGAACACCAGUUCUACAAACAGUUGUAAUGUCUUACAUACAACUAGCCAGGUCUUGAACACAAAGGAAUAUCAGUGCUCUAAUUCAGUUUUUACUGUUCCUUCAAAUAACUUAAACGUCAAAGGUGAUGAACGUAUUUUGACAGGAAUUUCAGCAUUAUUGCAGUCACCAUAUACUGAAUUAUUAUCAAAAGAAAGUAACGAAAACACUAAAACAAGAGAUGAUAAUUUGCCCUGCAUUUCUUCAGUGAUUUCAAUACCUUCUUUUCUUGACUGGGCAGAAAGCUUUAAUCAAAACUGUGAGGUCCCCAAACUUGGACAUUUAACAAAACUCGAGUCUCAAAAAAAUUUAUGUCUGAGAGAUGCGGAUAAAAUACAAGUAUCACCGAAACAUUCCACGUAUAUCUCCAAGGAAUGCAAAAAACGACGUUUAUCUUCCAGUCCUAUCGGAUGUUCACAGUUCAAAAUUUCCGACAGUUCUGGCAUUGAAUUCGAAAAAACUUACGUUGAAAUUCAAACAUCUGGCGAAAAGAAACAAAAAUUAAAUUUAGGCCAAAUAACAGCUUUAGACUCUGAUAGCAAGACACUGCCGGAGCAAACACUUCCAUGUAUUUCAAAAUGCUAUUUAUCUAAUUCAAUGCAGUCAACUAAAGGAAAUAUACUUCCUGAACCAAAGAGUGCUAAUUCCGUAAUAACGUCAAACCAAAACAAUUCUUUACCACUUUACCUAAUUCUACCUCAAACCGUUAAUGGUCAAAGCUCAAAUGUUACUCAUUUAUUUAUGAUUCUUCAAAAUAAUGAUAGCAAUACAGGAAAUGCAAUAAAUGUAUCUAAUCAAAUAUCUCAAACUACAGAUGUUCUGAAGAGCGCUGAAACUAGAGAUCAGAUUUUUGUACAAAAUAUUCAGCAACUUACUGAUCAUCGUCAUACGCAGUUAAAUGCGCAUUCAGUUUCUAACGGUCAGCUUACAUCUUCAUCUAAAUCUUUACCUCAUACGAUGAUCUACACGACAGCCCAACAGCAAGUAAAAUUUGAAGCUAUUAAUUCUGAUCGCAUUAGCACCGUUUCAAACAGCUCCUUUCAUGAACCUUAUAAAGCAGAGGGAGUUCUUACAAACUUAAAGCUGAAUUCGAAUACUACAUUUAAAAUGAAUGUUUCAAAUAAAAGUGAAGCUCAGAUGAGGCCGUUAUUGCCUAUAAAUAUCACAGCUCUUAAUUCUCAGUCUCAUAUUACGAAACAAAAUUCAGCACGUCAAAAUACGUCACAAAGAAAAUUGGCACAUGCUCCGAUGUUAGUACCUAAUUCUAGGAAUUUAGAUCAGUCAAAGUUUCAUGCCAUACUGAAAUCAUCAACUGACAAUGAGUACCUUUCGACAAAUAAACUUAGCAGUCCUAAAGCUAUCAAGACUAUAACGAUUGGUAAAGAUAGUUAUGCUAUUCAACAGACCAGCAUUCCUCUGAAAAUGGGAAGCAUUGAUCAUCAACUACAAACGGCUGUUCCCAUAAGUAUAGCCAACUACUUACAGCUUAGCAAUUUGGACGAGUCCAGCAUGAGAACGGGAAAAACAUUUUCGGAAAAAGAAAAUAACAAGCACGAUGAUAUAAGGAAACAAUUGAUAAAUGAAACGGAGAUAGAUUAUGGCAAAACAUCUCAAUCGUUAAUAAAUUCGGAACAUGAUUCGAAGCAUACGAAUUCACUAAAAUGUGAGGUAUAUACUUCGGCAAUUCCAAAUAAUAUUUCUCGGACAGGACAAGAAAUGAACGGAAAAGAAGCGACAGAAUUUCUAACGGUCAAAUCAAUUGGAAAUGGCUUUCAUCUAAGGAGUGAUACCAAUUUGUUUGUUAGUGCAUCUCAAUCGGACUGUAAUUCAAGACAAAAUGAAAAUAAACAGCAGAAAAAUACACAUUACAUAAUGCCAAAAAUCGUACCAAUACACUUUCAAGUAACACGAGCAGAUCCUGAAGUUUCAACAAUGAAAGCGACACUUACGCAAACAAAUGCUGUUAUGACUGUUCCAGAAAAAUUUAGUACAAUCGCAGCUGUUCCGGCUUUAAAGACAUUGGGUGAAUUAGUUCCCACAUCUGCAUCUGUGAUCUCUGUAAAUGCCGUGCAGCCACCACAGACGGGAAACAGACCAAUUAUUUCUAAAGUCUUAGUUUUACCUCGAACAAGCAAGCAGAAACAAAUAAACAAUUCAAAACAGCAUGGGCAACGUGUAACAUACAGUAAAAAGGCUGUCCCUAAAAAGGUCGGACGCAAAACAGUUCGUGAACUAUUAGAGGAGCGUAAUUUGAUAUCGUCCAAUAAAAUGGAUUUUAAAGAUGAAAUGCUGAGCAACAAAAUUGGAGUUAAAAUAUUGAAACCUAUCCUCAAAUUAACGCCAUCGAACGGCUUAACCACUGUUCAGCCACAAAUAGUCAGUGGAUAUGUAGGAACUGCCUUAAAUCCAACAAAAAUUAACGAAGGAAAUGAUAUUUCUUCAAACAGCAUUCAGUCUUCAAAUACACAGGGAAAACCAAAUAUUUUAAUACUGCCGUCUGCUCCUAAGUCAACCCAAAACAGUUCUGUAGCUAUAAAUGAGAUACAGAUAGUGGGAAAUAAAGAUCUAAAAACAUCAGAAAGAAAUAUUUCAAAUAUAUUUCCCUCAGCAAUUUUUCUACCUCCAUUCAAGGACGGAAUUGUAAAUGCAAAAGAGCACAGACCACGGCAUUAUGAUAUGUCCUUGCUCGUAAUAGGACCUUUUAAGGUGGAAGAUGAUGUGGAUUCCACAGGUCGAUUCAGAAGCAAGUUUAAAGUUCUGUUCACUAAGCGCCAAUUUCUUUACGAUUUUCCUGUAUCGAAGUGCAAUCAAGCGGAAUGGACCAGCUCACCUAUGUGGGAACAAAUGGCUCGUAUAGUUGUGCCUUUCCAGUCAGUUACAGCUCUAGAUUUGGAUAAUCGGACUAUUAAUUUGUCUGUCUGUACUGCGCCUCUUAUAUUUUUGGGAAGAAUAGAAGCUCGUUCAGGAAUUAUAUCGAGUGCUACUGUUUACAACAUUCUCUUGGAAAAGGAUUCUGCAUGGGGAGAAGGAAUCAGAAGUUCUUGGAAACAUAAGGUAAUCUUGAGGAAACGACAGGCUAGCAAACUGAAAACUUACCUGUGCCAGUUUGAUCAGCGGUUUUUGAUUCUUACUAACCUGGGCACUUACGCAUCGAGUUACAUGAACGAAGCUUCAUUCUCAGAGCAGCACCUGACGUCGGAUAAUUCCCACAAAACGUUAAACAGAUAUAGGAAAACGAUGAUUCGAAGACUUCCACAAUGGGAUUAUGCGGAUACAGAAGGAAAAAGAGAAGCAAACGAAGAAGAGGGCUUACUUAACUUCAAUCAGAUGUGUUCCUGCCGCAUCAGCUGCCGGUCUGUUCGCUGCUCAUGCGUGAAAGCAGCAAAAAGCUGCAGUGAAGGAAGAGCAGUAUGUCUCUGCAAUAACUGUGACAACCCUUUGAACAUACUGGAAUCAAUAGGAAUGAACCUGGAGUUUUCUCUCAGCGAUAGUUGUUUAUUCCAAAAUAUUUAUCAGAUUCCCAAGCUUUUGGACUAUCUGAAGCGAGUUAUAAAACUGAGUUGCUGCAAUACUGCAGCUUGCAUACAAGAUGUUAUUCCAGGCACUGUGCUAUGCCCAAACCUUAACUGUAAUGAACGUUUAGAGUUUUCUUGGUGCCGUGGUAUUGUUUGUUGUCCUGAGCGGAAUCCGAGGAACCAUUGCUCGUAUUGUGGAUUAUGCUGCUUCUCCAAUGGUCGACAUUGUCUGACUUGUAACAGAUGUUAUACUGUGACACCAAAAUGUUCCAAAUGUCCAAUAUGCCGUGACAAAGUACUUCCAGAUAAGUCAUCAAAGAAUAACGAUUCUACUCAGAGAGCUGUGGGCACCAGCACUCAGUUUUCAAAGCGUAGCUCGAAACCAGAAAUUAUACUUUUAGAUACGUCUUUAAGUUCGAAAUCUAAUGUUCCAUCCAAAGAGCUUGUAGAAUCUGAUCGCUUUCCACUUGCAUCUUUCGAGAAGAAAAACGAGAAAACGACUAAAAUUAAUAGUAAUCAUGAAACUAAUCCAAAUGAUGAACGUCCUGUAGAAAUCAAAAUAACAGGAGAAGGGUUAUUUAUGAUGGCAGGCACAGAAAAAUGUGAAGGUCAGAAUAGUGAGGAAUGUGUCCCAGCAACAACAGAAACUGGUGAGCUGAUAGCCAAGAACGCAUUUAAAAAAUUCUCCAAUGGUAAUGGAAUUGAUAAGAGCUAUGAAGCACAUACUUGUACAACUUAUUCAAGUGUGGAGCUUUCACCAGAGAUUGAGAUAAUAAACGAAGUGCCAUUUAUAAAGAUAGAGGACUGCGAAGGUAAGAAUUUUACGGAAUAUUUUUCGUCUGUAAUGGACGUUAAUAUAAUGGUAGGAAAACCCGAAAAAACAUUUGAAUUACUUCAAGAAGUAUCCAGCAGAAACGAAAUCGCUCCGGAACAGGAAGAGAAUGUUAAUACUGAUGACGAACUUUCAAGCCUAGCAUCUUUAAUUACUGCCAAUAUAGAAAAGUACGAAGAUCAGAGUUGUAAGGAUUAUUUUUCAGUUGCCGAAGAAAUUGAUAAUGUGAUGGGUAACAACGAAAGAACGUUACAGACAUCAAACAACAAUGGCAUUAACAUUGACGGUAAAGAGAUUGUUAAAAUUUGCAGCACCGCUGAGAGUGAGAUACCUAGCAAAGUGCCAUUAUCAAUGGCAGAUAAAGAAAAAUACGAAGAUCGCAAAUGUACGGAAUAUCCUUUAAUUACUACAGAAACUGACAGUGUGAUAGCUGAAAGCGAAAGAACAUUUCAGUCAUUGCAAGAAUCACUGUACAAGAAUGAAAUAAUUGAAAAUUACGAAUCCCGUGUUAAAUCCGAUUCAGAUGAACUGCGUUCUAUGAAAAAUAACACAUCAUGCAAAGUGCAAUUACAGGCAGACACAGAGAAGUGCGAAAAUCAUAGCUUGAUGGAAUAUCCUGUAACUGUAGCGGAAGAUGAUAGGGUAACAACGAAAAGUGAAAGAACAUUUCAGUCAUUGCAGGAAUCACUCUGCAAGACUGAAAUUAGUAAAAGUCAUGAAGCAAGUGUUAAACUAAAUGCAAAUGAUGAGUCUUCCAUGGGGAGUGAGAUGUCGAGCAAAGUGCCAUUUAAGGCAGAUGCAGAAAAGUGCGAAAAUAGUUCGAAUUAUACACAGUAUUUUUCAACUCUAAUAGAAGUCAAUGGUGUGAUAGUUAAAAAUGAAAGAACAUUUAAGACCUUUCCACAAACAUCCAAAAUUAACUAAUAACAAAAUAUUCCUCCAGAGAGUUUGCGAAUUAUGAUGCAUUUAAAUUAAUCAUGUCACUAAUUUAACAGUUAAAAUACCCAAUAGCAGUUUAAGCUUUUUUUUAUAAAUUUACAAUCAAAGAUCAAUUAGUUUACAAGUUUUGCGAUAAUUUAUUUGUAACUUAAAAUUAAUCAUUUAAAGUAUAUGACAUUAAGUAAAAAUUGUUGCUCAGUCAAUCAAGGAUAAUAUUCUUAUCUCAAAGUGUGGUUUUUGGACAUAUAGAGUAAUGGAAUGUAGUUAAGAUAGUUAAAAAUUAUUUUAGUUUCAGCUUUAAAUGGAAUUUUAAAAUGCCAUUCAUGUUGCAAUUUUCAUAGUUUAUCAUCUGUUAAUUAAUUUGAAAAGUUUAUUUGAACUUAAUAUUACUUUUUUAAAAGCAUUAUUUUGUAUAUAUUUAAAACAACUAUUGUAUAUUUUUUGUAUUCUGUUCAG